GAGGGGAAUGGAAGUUUGGAUUUGAGGGGGCCGCCUUUCCCAGAUCCACAUCUGAUAAGAAACCCUGUUUUCCGAAAUCAUGAUCCAUGAGCCUCCGAUGGCAAAUGAGUUGUAUUUAUGGAGGGGAAGACCAAGUGGAGAAGAGCGAUGCAGAACGAUUGACCUUCGUUCGAUCGACAAAGGUAGUCAACAUCGGGCGUUUUACUUUAAAAUCGUGCGAAGACUUGUAUCUGGCGAGAGAAAUAGAGGCGCGCGACCCGACAAUCUUGAUGAGGUUAGCCUAUCGAUUGACUAUUUGCAAACACCGCUCUCAAGAAGAUGGAAGCCAAGGUAAAGGAAGAAAAAGAAGAGACAAGUCUCAUGAAGAACAAUCCGGCAGAGACGAAACCGAUGAUGGAAGAGAUGGAAUCAAUGCUUAACCAACUGAAGGGAGGAGUUUAUGCUAUGAGGAACUGGAUGCAGAUAACUUAAUAUUGUAUUGCUAUACUGAAACUACCAUUGUUGAGUUGCUUAAACUGGCUUCGUGCAGUGAAUAAUCUGUUGUGUGUCCCAAUAGUCUUUAUUCAUCUGAGCGCUGGCCAUGUUUCUUUGAUGUUGGGGAUUGGUGGCAAUAAAGAAUGGAAGACAGGAGCUUAUUUUCGCCAUGCAUAUCAGGUGUUUGAUCAAAUGCUUGUGUGGGGAUGUGGGUUCUGCAAUAUGUGCAGAGGUUGUACAGAGUAGGACUGAUCCCUUACAUAUUUUCAGAUUGAUAAUCUUUGUAUUUGCAAUGCAUGUUAGAGUUGUACCAUCUUAAAUAAAGUAUUAUCAUUGUC